CACUUGACAACGGUAUUUGCCCCUCUGAUAAUCUCUACGGUGCGUUCAAUGUAUCAAAGAAAAUAAUAAACUGGUGGAUGGUUUAUAUAAAAGAAAAUACCCAUUGAAAUCAGGCUGUCGUGUUGGUCGCUUAGUUGAGGAGUGUUUCUGCUUUGGUAAACACAUACAAAGGUGGCCAUGUUGGGUACGGAGUUAUAACAUAAUUCACACCAUGCAGCCGUUAGUUGUAACUUGAUCCAGAGUCACUAAGCACAGAUUUCAAAUUCAUGUCACUGAGUUAAUGGGGACGCGAAAUACUGGUCAUUUGCAGCCGCACAACAGAAGGACAGAAUCAACAGCUUGGAAAUACGGAGGAAGUUUGUUCAUUUGUCACCUGAGUUGCGUGAAUAUAUUUCCAGGUUCAUCUAUCAAAUAGUUGCCAGGAAAUCAGCCCAGAAAUCAAUUGAAGGAGCAUUGUAACUUUGACAGAAUGGGCUGCGCGCCCUCGGAGGUUGCUGCUAACAAAAGUCCCUCCCUAGUCUACACCCACACCAAUAAUAACAUCAACCACAUCCACAGAUCCAACUCAAAGAAAGGGACACACCCUAAGGAAGGGUCUGCGAUCAAAAGUAAUACUCUGCAUAGAGGGAGUCCAUUGCCGCCCCGUAUAUCCGUCACUGUGGCUCCAGACUUGGCCCUCCUGGACGUAGUCCCGACCACGCCCAUUGAAAACCCCACCCUGUCUGGUUAUAUCUACGUACCCCCUCCCAUAUCCGUACUGGUGUACCAAGGAGAAGACAUCUUUACUCGGUGCUACCUCACUGUCAAAGGAGACAGGCUGAUGUUUGAGUCCACAAAGGGCGAGUUUGAUCAAUCAGAGUAUGUGUUUGACAUGUACCAGUAUGCCAGCAAGUGUGCCGACUUGGGUACAACGGUUAGCCUUGUUCACAAGCAGUCAAUGCGAUGUAUCGCCUCGUUAUCAGAAGACGGUAUCGCCACACUCAUGGAUUUUCCAGAAUGGAUGUCCCAAGACAACGAAGAGAUUGAAAUCAAUUCACGAUUGUUCUUACGAACUCAAGAGAGUGCGAAAUCGGAAUACACGUUAUUCCGAUGUCUCAACGGACCAGCAAAAUACCUUGCAAGAGAUGCAGAUACGAACAAGGCUUACCUGUCUCCCUGGAUGCGCUACCCUGCCUUCUUACAACUCAAAGUAAUGACGUCAGAAGACACAGGUGAUGGCGACCAUUCCAGUACGACAUCCGACGAGUAGUCCAUCCAGCAUUUCAGUCAGUCAUCGUCAAGACGGCACGGGCAAGACAGCACGGUCCUCGGCGCCGAAGUCGGCGUCCCGGCGGUACGUUCUGGCUCCACAUGCUGUCUCAGGCUAUUCCUAACUUGGUCGUCCCAGUUCUGUCCAGUAUGUUUUUGGGAAACAUCGUGGUCAUGACCAAUCUACAAGCCCUUUGUUCAUAUUUUGUUGACAUUUAGAUUUGAAUUAUCGAGAACAACACUGCUAUGUUCACGGCAAACUUUCAAAAAAUAAGAGACUCCAGUAGCAAGACAUUGUUCACUGUGAGUGAUAAUGGCACAACGACACCAGACUAUUCUUGAGGUGCGUGGCGCUCUUUGGCGUUAAUUUUGCACAGACCACGUGGUACAGCUUCAAUUGUUUUGUUUAGGAAUUCAAAUUCAAAUGAAUGUUAGACAAAGCUUUUACCUUCCCUUAAAUUAAUAUUUCUUUUAUUUAACGAUAAAAAAAGAAUUUCUUAAAUCUUUGCUGAGCUGAAGUGUGUGCUGUAACAAAAAGGGUAUGAUGAUUUCUUUUUUUCGCCCUUUAUAAAAAUUAUACCAAUGAACGUGUUUUCGAAAACACGAACUUGUUUGUAUAUAUUGAUUUUCCACAAGAAAAAUGUGUUCAUAUUUUAUAAACUGUUUAUGUUUUAGCGCCAAUGAGUAGGGACCACUGGAGUUCUCCAGUGUUUUUUCCCUCGCUAUUCUCUGUAAAGAUGUUUUAAACAUGCUGCGUUUGGUUUCAAUAAAAGUACCGGUUGUUUUACAAACGUGUGGCCUACUUCUAAAACAAGGUCAUGAGGGCAAAUUUUAAAAAAAAUGAGAUGUGCUUUAUCUUUUGGUCUUUACUAAUCACGUUUGCUUCCAGAACAGACAAAAUUAAACAUUGCCAUCGUAUUGUUUGAAACAAAAUCGUUGGAAGUUAAAUGGAUUGCAUUUUUUUUAGAUCACGUUAUUGUUCCAGAAACGUGUGCGUUGUACAUUUCUAUACAAUAUUCAAUAUUUAGGCAGACUGUGACUUGAAUUAAGCAGGUUUUUCUCCAUGACAACAUUCCAUAACUAAAAUUUAGUCACACACUUCCACAGUGUUCAUAUUUGCCAGCCAACCCGCCCGCCAGGUGUAACAUUUCCAAUUCUGUGAAAACAUGAGAGACUGUCCCACGCACACGCUAAUGCCGGGGAUUAGCGAAGUUCUAAGCGGCCUAUCUUGCAUUAAUCCUGACACCAACAAUAGACCACCAUGGCUUCAUCCGUCACACUACCGAGAUUUAUAAAUCCGAUCUUUUGAUGGUAAACCGCCAAUAAUUUGCUCAACAAUGCACACUGUAGAACUCGCCGGAUACCUCUCCAAAAGUGGAACGGCAGUGCACUCGAAACCAGGUGUUAGGUGCCAUUGAUGACAUUUUGUAACGGUAAACCUCUAGGUUAUUAACACUUAUAACCAGGUGAUUUUACUGGUCUAUAAAAGCGUCCGGG